GCCCAUGGAGCUGUUCUAUAACCAGUAUCAAAUCAACUAUGGAGACGAAGAUGAAGCACGUCGACUCGGUUUGAAUGAUAUGGUGGUCAAUCAGUACUUUCUUGAUUAUGUUGAGUUUGUUGGUAGAGUUAUGACACCACUUGCACCCAAUGGACCACAAGAUGUGCUGAAAGUGUAUACCAUGUCAUUCCAGUCGUGGAGCAAACCAUAUGGUGGAAAUCUUGCUCAGCAACUUCAGUUCUCCCUCCACCAUCGGACUCUGCACAUUGGAACUGGUCCUGGGCGGGAGCAGUGGUUUGUUGUGAUGCACCCUCGGAGCCAGGCUGGUCUCUCAGCUGAAUCUCCUACACGUCAACAGCUACGUUCAGGAGCCAAACGGAGUGCACUGGAAGCCCGGCAUGCUCGAGUGCUCCUGGCUUAUGUGCAAGAGAUCUUUCGUACCAACGACAGUCUUGUGGAUCGUGGCCUCCUUCCCACCUGGCAGCUUGGAAAGAAUGAGAGCUGCACUCUCCACACACGGGAGUGGCGGUAUUUCCAAGAAUGUUUUGUGACAGCCUGGCAAGAUCUUGUACUCCAACACUCCCAAGACACCUUUUGGACCGAUAAUCUGCCAGCCUUUCACUGCUACGACUAUGGAAGCAAUGUCAGCAUUGAGCCAGAUGAGGAUUAUGCAUUUGUUUCGAAACUCGAUUCAUUCUGCGAUGUAGAAGCCCUCCUGCUUGCUUCAUUUGCACCAGCGGUUAAUAUCCAUCAUCAGAGUGAGCUUGAUGGGGUACCACAAGUUUUUAGCCUUUUGGGAGACAGGAACGAGAUCCUGAAAGAGUAUGGGUGGGACGAGACAGGAGUGGACUUCUAUCCACUGGGAUUCAACCCUCAAUACGUCAACUUUCAAGCAUCGCGACCUCCGGACUUCCUCGAGAACGGGAUCUGCGGUCCAUUGCAGCAGAUGAUGUCUGAGGAGAAUGAAUGUCAACAUGUGCUUCAGGCUGAAAAGUUUCAAGGCUACUCGACAAUCAAGAGCACAAUACGACAUCACCCAGAUGAUUUGACCGUAACGAAGGGUUGGACCAGCGCGGCAAUCACAUUGAGAGAGGAGGUUUCCAGCCAACGGGAGAGAAGAAAGCAGAGGCAGCUGCUUGCUCUAUCGCAAGGAAGGUCCCCGACCACAGAUGUGGAACAACAAUCAAACCAUGGUUUGAUUUAUUCAAAGCCACUCGCCUGGGAGCGGAACCGCAUCAUAGACUCCAUAGAAAACUCACUAGUUGGGUAUCGUAUGGAACAAAUCUUCGUGGUCCACGUUAGUAGGCUACUGCCGUCACAACGGUCCAUUACUCAAAUAUUUCGUCCGCUUCGUGAGUAUAUAAGUUAUUUUGAAUCCUACCCGUCGGAGUACAUCUCUUUGUUGCACCGAUUCUUGCCCGAUAGUUUUCCUGGUAUUUUGGUAGAAUUUAGUUAUCUUUUCGAGGCUGCCUUUGAUGAUCUUGUAUCGAGGUGGACUAGAAAGGGGCGGGAUGAUUUGAGCAUUGCGAUUUGUGAAGGGGUCUCCAUCUUCGAGCGUAUGAGCAAUUGCUGUUUUACUGGUGAUGCACGGGUAUUAUCUAGCGUGGUAAAAAGACUGCAAAUUGGCCUUCCCAACGAGGGUCCCGCUAUCCAAGCCUGGCACACGUUUCUUCUCUCACAGUACAUUACGGAAGAGCAAUUGGAGAGGCAACCACAACACUUGUCUGGUUACGAGAGUUUGGUGGACAAUCUGCUAUCAGCUUACAUGUGGCAACAGAAAAUUUCGGGACAGUACUAA